AUGCAUGAUGACGUCGACUGUGAUGACGAAUAUGUCUUUUCCGAUGAAGAGACUGGCUUAAACAUUAAUGAAAUUCAUGUGCGUAAACAGAUUCGGAAAGGGCGGAAGUGGCUUACUACAGUGGAAGGAAUUCCGGCUGAUUUUGAAAUUGACGAUCUGCUGAACCGACUGAAACGCGAGCUUUGUUGCAAUGGGAACAUUGAUGCGUCGCCGACUGGUCAAGUAAUUGUGAUGCAAGGUGAUCAUGGCCGGAAGAUAGUUGAGCGAUUGGCCGAUGUCUUUCCUAAUUACAAAGUCUCAUUUCACGGCAAUUAG